AUGUUUAUCAAACUGAUCCUAUUCAGUUUAGCCGUGUGUAUCUGCCAGGCCUCGUAUCCCAGGCGGGUUGUAAAAUAUUUACAGAGUAACAACGGUGGUAUAUGGGGUGAUUGGCAUGAACCUAGAUUUUGUCCUACUGAUCAAUAUGCUGUAGGUUACAGCUUAAAGAUUGAAGGGAAGCAAGGACGUCGAGGAGACGAUACCUCGCUGAAUGGUAUAAAACUGCUUUGUGGUACGAAAAAAAGAAGAUCAAGCAAUGGAUUCACAGUCACAUCUGGAUAUGGACCUUGGGGUGGAUGGAGUGGUUUUAUGAAGUGUGGAUGGGGGACGCAUUUACUUACAUCUUUUUCAUUACAAGUUGAAGGCAAACAGGGUAGAGGAGAUGACACCGCAGCCAACUAUGUGAGAUUCAGGUGUAAAGCUUUAAAAUGGCAUUGGCCUGGAUAUGAAAUCGGCGGAAGUGGUUUCUGGGGACACUUUAGUGGCUGGAUUACUUGUCCCCGUGGGACUGCAAUAUGUGGCUUGCAGACUAGGGUAGAGGGGCAACAAGGUCGAAGAGGGGAUGACACAGCCUUGAAUGAUGUCAUAUUCUUCUGUUGUAAAUAA